CGGAGGACGCCCUGGGGAGGAGCAGUAACCAAAACUCCACACGAGAGUCUCUUCCUCGCUGCAUUUCAGUUGGCUUUGGAGACCCGAAGCACUCGGUUAUUUCAUUUCAACAAGGACUCGACCCUCUGUAUUGUCUAAAAAAAAACUGUAAUCCAUAAAAUCGGUUCCCACUGUUCCGUUUGUUUUUGUUGUUGUUCUUCUCUCAAACGGUUACCAGCAUGUUCAAACUGUUGCCGAUCCGUAACCGACUAUUGGCCGUGUGUUUCCUCUUCUUGUUGCUGGCCUCUCAUGGCUGCCAUUGUCAUCAGCUAGCAGCAGCCCAGCAACAGCAAUUAUUGGACCCUGUCAAAAGCAAUUCAUUGAUUGACAGCUCGGCCCUGCUCCUUUCCCUUCUGCUGGCCAACAACGGAUCUCUAGUGGGGGGUUAUAGUGACAGCAAAUUCGGACCGGUGGAAGACCCCGAGCUCGACAUGACCACUCCGCAGUUGAUUGCUCAUAGAGGCUACCCCGUGGAAAUUCACCAAGUGACUACAUCUGACGGGUACAUUCUGGAGAUGCACCGCAUUCCGUUCAGCAGGCGAGUGCCGACUCGUUUUCAGCGUUCGAAACAGUUUGGCAGCAAAUACGCCAAGCGGGUGACGACCAGACCGGUUGUCUUCCUCCAGCACGGGCUACUUUGCUCCUCUUCCGAUUGGGUGCUCAAUCCCACCGACAGAGGCUUAGCGUACAUGUUGGCAGACCGAGGAUACGAUGUCUGGAUGGGCAACGCCCGAGGCAAUACCUAUUCCAAUAAGCACAUUUUCUUGAAAGAGAGCGACGAGGCCUUUUGGAGAUUUACGUGGAACGAGAUGGGCAUGUACGAUAUUCCGGCCGAGUUGGAAUACAUCUUCAAAGUGACUGGCCGUCAAAAGUUACUUUACAUCGGCCACUCGAUGGGCACGACCAUGUUUUGGGUCGCCAUGGAGACACACCCCGAACUCAACGAAAAAAUCGAACUCAUGGUGGGACUGGCGCCAGUCGCCUCCGUCUCCCGGAUGAAGUCGCCCAUCAGAAUCUUCACUCCAUUCAUUCACCAACUCCAAUUGAUGUUCGAGUGGUUCGGAACAAAGGCCUUCCUUCCAUCGGGUCCCGUCCUCAAACUGAUGAGCAGAUUAUUUUGCGAUCAGACCAAGUGGGAAGAGGAUUUCUGUGAAAACAUUUUCUUUUUGCUUUCCGGUUCGGAUCCAGCCAACUUUAACGAGGAAAUGGUGCCCCUCAUCACAACCCACACUCCGGCCGGAACGUCGACCUACACCAUCUUUCAUUACAUGCAGGAAUACUCUACGGCUGAAAGAUACACUCGCAUGGACUGGGGAACUAAACAAAACAUGGAGGAAUACGGACAGCCAACGCCCCCGCCCUAUAACCUGACAACAGUGACCGCGCCCGUCGUCCUCUACUGGGGCGAAAACGACUGGCUGGCCAGUCCAAAGGACGUGACGUGGCUGGCCAAAAGACUGACCAACCUGCAAGGCUUCUACCGGGUCAACAUGACGGCGUUCAAUCACUUGGACUUCCUCUGGGCAACCAAUGUCGACCAACUGCUUUACUAUCAUCUCAUCCAACUCCUCCCUUACUCCUAUUGAAUACGCAGGUAUUGGAUAUAUCGACUAUGUAUAAUCGAGAGUUAUAUUGCCAAAACGAAAAUGAUAUAAAAGAAUCGAGUCAUGUCUAACGAAGAAUUGAAUUUCGGCGUUACCACAAAAUUGCGCGGAUAAAAGAUUAACGAUGGACUUCCUUCGGCCAAACAUAGCCUAUUAUACAUUGUACGGACCACACCCGAUUCCUAUCAAUUGUCUUUUGUGAUGAUUACCGCGUUCCUUUUUUUUUAUCCCACACUAGUUACAAUCUCAAAUUCGCCUUAUACUGUAUGUUGCGUGUGAUUUAUUGGCGCACUAGCCCGUGUCAUACUUUAUAAUACCGUUGUUACAUCCUUUUAAUGUUUUAGUUUGAAUGCAUAUGUAUACUCCGCUGAUAAAAAGUUAUUACUAUGUUAAAAUACAAGAAAUGAAGCAAAA